CUUCCCCCUUCGAAGGUUGAAGUUUUUGUAAAUAUCAACAACAUUUUCUAUGUGAAAAGAAUUAGGAAACCAUCAAGCUUUAAAGUAUAUAUGAGAGCUUGAAAGGCCAGAAAGCUUGAAUUCCUUUUUGAUCUGUACAAUAUUUUCAGCUCAAAGCCGAAAUAGGAAAAGCUGCAAGGACCACGGCUAGGCCUGACUUUUGACAAGACCUCGCUCAUUCUCGCUUAUGUUAAUAAGAUUCAAUUAUCUUUUUGUAACCAUAAGUAUAACACGUUGAAUUAGUGGCUAAUCCAAUCACAAGUUUACGGGUUUGGCAGAGUUUAGUGCUUCGAUCCUUUUUAUAUGUAUAUGUGCGAAAAACAAUUAUAGACCCUCAAUUCAAAAGUCACAACGUCUAAAUUCUAGAUUCUGUCACUGCAGUUCAUGAGUAUGUCUCAGCAUCUUCAUCUAGCAAACCCUAACAUUCAAGGCAAAGAACAUGUCAAGAAUUCUCCGACGAACUUUUCUGAUCAUGAUCCACCGGAUUCUUUUUGGCUUUCUAAAGAUUCAGAACGUGAUUGGUUUGAUCAAAAUGCAGCCAUGCAAAGGAAAACCUCAAUGAAGUUUGCAUUUUCAUGCAAAUCCAAGAAAAAUUCCAAGGCACUCUUGUCUUACCAUUCUUUCUCAUCUUUAAACCAAAAACCAAAUACAUCAUUUUUUGCACUCCCAAAAACUCGAAAAUCUUUCUCGUCCGAUGGAAAUCUUCGGGUCAACAAGGUGGCAAAGUCAAAAUUUCGGUUCACUAGAAGCCGGUCUGAACCGGUAAGAAAGAUGAUGAUGCGAGUAACUGAACCGGGUUCUCCAAAAGUGACCUGCACCGGAAGGAUCCGCCGGUCGAAAUCAAAGAAAGACAAGGCAAUAAGAACCGGGUUCUGGAAAAAGGUGAGGGCUGCACUGAACAUCCGGUCUGGAGCAAAAGGAGUGGAUAGUGUAGGGACCGCUGAACCGGCCGGUUCUCCGGUUCUGAAGCGGUUGGCGACCCGUCGAAGGUCAGAGUCAUAGUUUUCCUUUUUUAUUUUUGAAUUGAACUUGUUUUUGGGACGUUGAAUCGAAGAAGUUUUUUAUAUUAUUUUUCUACGAUAGACAUUAUCUAUAUGUUUGGAGAAUUAAAAAAAUAGGAGUUUGGCUUGUUAUGCUACUAGCUGUUUUUUUGGUUGUUACGAAAGAUAUUCUCAAAGUAGGUGAAAGAUUAUAUAUUGGCCACGUUGAAUGAUUGAGCUGGGGUUUGUCUGUUAUGCAAUCAAAAACUAAACAAGAAAUUGGAGUUGAUAUAUCUCAAGUUUGACAUUCGAUUAAGAAAAAAAUAUUGGUUAGAAGAUGCUUUCUCUUUUAAUGGAUUUUACGUGAUUAAAUUAUUAUAUUCUCGUCACCAAAAAUUUAUAACCCGGAAAAACCAUCGUCAAACCGAGCGUCUCCGCAAAAAGCCUAAUAUCCUACUUGUCUAAUUUACACUGUCAGUCGUAGCAUC